AUGGCUAUCGUACGUGAGGCGAUACAAACCCGUGAUGCACGACUCACAUCUCCUCAUGAAGACAUUUGGGCAUGGCUUUUGCAUGUAUGGUCCAAGUCGGCCAAACAGCAGGACGCAGAGCUGUGGCCUACUAUGGCCUCUCUAUGCUCUGCAUACGAGCAGCAAGGAGACGAUGCACUCACGCGGGCUUGCGCACAGUCGUUCUUAUCGUGGCUGCAACGCGAAAUAUAUCAGACGAUCCGAAUGUCUUCUGUCCCUGACUUUAAAGCCCAAUUGAUGCGCGAUGUUCACCUUCAGCUUGUAUUGCUACGUUCCACGACGGAUUUGCGUGCGCCUGCCUUGCAGUAUUCGCAUGCUCGUUCUCUUACGCGGCAAUUGCAUUUACAUGUGGGCCCUACCAACUCGGGGAAAACCUAUGGCGCCUUAGUGGCGCUCUCGCGAGCGAAAACGGGCAUUUACGCUGGCCCUUUGCGACUGCUAGCGCAUGAGGUUUGGGAUCGUCUCAAUCAUGGCACAGUUGCCCCGAGCGUACCACCUCGAGCCUGCAAUCUUCGUACAGGGGAGGAGGUACGUGUGGUGGAUGAGCAUGCGGGCCUUGUCGCCUGCACAGUAGAGAUGGCAGAUGUGACGCGGUCCUAUGAUGUGGCCGUGAUUGAUGAGAUCCAAAUGAUUGCGGAUCCACAGCGUGGAUUUGCUUGGACGCAAGCUGUCCUAGGUCUCCCAGCUAAGGAACUGCAUCUCUGUGGGGAAGCGAGUGCAGUACCGCUCCUUCGUCAGCUAGCUAAGCUUUGUGGCGAUGAUUUGCACGUGCACGAAUAUCAGCGUCUGACACCGCUGGAGGUGGCGUCGCACAGCCUGCGUGGGGAUUUGUCGAAAAUUGAGCGCGGGGAUUGUGUCGUGGCGUUUAGUCGCAGUGCCAUUUUCCAGCUGAAGGAACAGAUUGAAGCGAAGACUGGUCUGCAAUGUGCGGUAGCCUAUGGCGCUUUGCCGCCUGAGACGAAGAGCGAGCAGGCCAAGCUUUUUAACGCAGGCAAAUUGGAUGUGAUGGUAGCCAGUGAUGCGAUCGGGAUGGGCCUCAACUUGCGCAUAAAACGUGUGGUGUUUGAUACCCUAAGCAAGUGGAACGGAACAGAGCGAGUCCCUCUUUCUCUCUCGCAAAUCAAGCAGAUUGCGGGGCGUGCAGGCAGGUAUGGGACGUCGCGUGACGAAGCUACGUCGCCGUCAGGCUUGGUCCUUACGCGGCAUGAGGACGAAAUGGACAAUCUGCGUGCCGCACUGGCCGCGCCUGUGCGUCCCAUUACGCAUGCUUCCCUUCAGCCGACAACACAACAAAUGGAGACUUUGUCGCUGAUGCUGCCCCAUACCACGUCGUCACGCUCAUCCCGGCGUCGACCGUCUUCGACAGAGACGACAGUAUCUACGUUGCUUGAUGAUGUCAAGGCGCUAGCGCGCCUGGAUGUCCAGUCGUUUACCCUUGCUGACUUUGAGACGCAGAAGCGAAUGUCGCCGAUCAUUGAAGCGCGUGGGCGUGAUCGGUUGACCCAAGCCGAAAAAGAGAAAUGGGCCAAUACCCCUGUGAACUUUCGCGAUGAGCGUGCGGUGGAAUGGGUCGGCAAUGCCAUUGAGCUCUACGCACAAGGGUCGCUGGUAGAGUUUGAGGCGUGUGCGGAGAAUUUGGGCACAAUGGAAGCUGAAGAAGCGGUAGCUAUUGAGCAUGAGGAAGCCAAAGCACGGCAGGCAGCGGCCCAGACUACAGCACCCGUCGCUGUGUAUGCGACGCAGGAUGAGUCGGUCCUGAAUAUUCAUACCCUCAUGCUCCUCGAGUCACUUCAUCGUACGCUGACGCUCUACUUGUGGCUUGGCUUUCGUUUUCCUCUCGCGUUCUGUUUCCGAGCGGAUGUGGAAGCACGUAAGCUACGGACCGAAGCCUCGAUUCAGUUCUGCCUGGAAGCCAUUCGCGUGCGACGAGCACGUCGUCUGACGCGGCUCGGGCGUGGUGAGGAAGCAAAGAAAUGGUUACGCAAGCAUUUACCAUCGUCUUCGUCGUAG